AUCAGAGAGCAGAAAAGGGGUUCCAUGGCAUCUCCUCAGAGAUGGAGAAAAACAUGGAGGAAGAGCAACGGCGAGGGGCUCCAGCCUCCUAAUUCUUUGUUUGUUCUUCUCUCUAACUCAGCGGGUCGUCAUGGGGACAGCCAAGAACAACCACUGCAUGUUAAAACUUCCUCUCCUAGACAAACCCAAGACACCGAAAAACUACGCACAGCCUGAGGUCCUGCGUCACACCUUUGAGACUCUGUCCAGCCUUCACAGACUGCUGCCAAACCAUCUGAUGGAGACACUUCAUUCCUACAAGAGGGAAGAGGACAAACAAAAUUGUCAGAAUUCUGAAUUCUCUGGCUUAGAAAGGAUCUUAGCAAGACAUCAGUUUCCAAAAGAGAUUAAUGCGACCCCAAAGCCAAGUAGCAUGCCCCUGCGGAAAAGAAAAUCCAUCAAUAAUGCAAAUCGUGGGUGGAAGAAAUGCCACUUGGGGAAUAAAAACAUGGAGGAACCUCCAAUGUCGACCAUAGUGGUCAGGUAGGUG